AUGAGUUCUUAUAAAUUUAAAAAUUCUUCUUCGAGCGCGAGCUUGCAAAGUGCAGCUAAUAUAACGCUGAGGCAAAUUUUAGAACCGAGUGAUAAAGUCAAUUUGCGCUCUAAAAAAACGCACAUUAUUUGUACCCUAGGUCCAGCAUGUAAAUCCGUGGAAACACUUGUAAAACUUAUAGAUGCAGGAAUGGACAUAUGCCGCUUAAAUUUCUCGCACGGAACGCAUGAUGAUCACAGGGAAAUGUUUAAUAAUGUUUUAAAGGCGCAGGAACAAAGACCGAAUGUUUUGUUAGGUAUGUUGCUAGAUACAAAAGGACCCGAGAUAAGAACAGGUUUAUUAAAAAAUAAAGAGGUCACUUUAAAAGAAGGUAGUAAAUUAAAGCUAGUUACGGAUUAUGAGUUUUUGGGUGAUGAAACAUGUAUUGCUUGUUCAUACAAAAAAUUACCACAGAGUGUAAAAAAAGGUAAUAUAAUAUUAAUAGCAGAUGGAUCAGUUAGCUGUAGAGUUUUAGAAACCCAUGAUGAUCAUGUAGUAACGGAAGUAUUAAAUACAGCAACCAUAGGAGAGAAAAAAAAUAUGAACUUGCCAAAUGUUAAGGUUGAUUUACCAAUAAUAGGUGAAAAAGAUAAAAAUGAUAUUCUUAAUUUUGCAAUUCCAAUGGGAUGUAAUUUCAUAGCUGCUUCUUUUAUCCAAUCAGCUGAGGAUCUUCGUUUGAUAAGGAAUUUAUUAGGACCAAGAGGAAGGCAUAUAAAAAUUAUUCCUAAAAUAGAAAAUAUUGAAGGUAUUAUUAAUUUUGAUAAAAUUUUAUUAGAAUCAGAUGGUAUCAUGAUUGCAAGAGGAGAUUUAGGAAUGGAAAUUUCACCGGAAAAAGUUUUCUUGGCCCAGAAGCUUAUGAUAUCGAAAUGCAACAUACAAGGAAAGCCAAUUAUAACAGCUACUCAAAUGCUAGAAUCCAUGACCAAGAACCCAAGACCUACAAGAGCAGAAGUGACAGAUGUGGCUAAUGCAGUUUUAGAUGGAACUGAUUGUGUUAUGCUUUCAGGUGAAACAGCUGGUGGUAAAUUCCCAGUUGAAGCUGUUACAAUUAUGUCCAAAAUAUGCUUAGAAGCUGAAGCAUGCAUUGAUUACAAGUUAUUAUAUCAAUCCUUGGUUAACACAAUUGAUACUCCAAUAAGUGUUCAAGAAGCAGUAGCUAGAUCAGCAGUAGAAACAGCAGAAUCAAUUGGCGCUAGUUUAAUUAUUGCUUUAACAGAAACAGGAUACACUGCUAGAUUAAUAGCCAAAUAUAAACCAAGCUGUACCAUAUUAGCUCUUAGUGCUUCCGAUUCAACUGUUAGAUGUUUAAAUGUACACAGAGGAAUCACAUGUAUUAAGGUCGGAUCAUUCCAAGGAACAGACACAGUCUUGAGGAAUGCAAUUCAAAUUGCCAAAGAAAGAAAUUUGGUUGCAGUUGGAGAUAACGCAAUUUGCAUUCAUGGAAUUAAAGAAGAAGUCGCUGGUAAUACUAACUUAAUGAAAGUAAUUAAGAUAGAAUAA